AUGGCGCUUGCUCCGUCUUUGCCGGCUUUCCCGCCCUUCGAUGUCAGUUCGUCUCCAGCAACGCUCGGAGAUUGGUGGCGACGUUGGAUCGACAGAUUCGAGAAUCUGUUGACGGCGCUCAAGGUCAAGGAUGCAAAGCAAAAGAAGGCUCUGCUGCUCCACUACAUCGGUGAGGAAGGCUACGACGUAUACUACGAAAAAACAAAACAGCUGCUCCACGACCACUUCACGCCGAGGGUUAACAAAGACUACAAAAUCUUCAACUUCCGAAAAACUACCCAACAAGAUGGUGAGACCAUCGGUGCCUUCUACACGUUCCUCCGUGCAAUGGCAAGGCACUGUACUGUUGCGGACACUGACGCAGAGAUAAAAUCGCAAACCGUGCUCGGUAUGUCAUCCACAAAACUACGACGUUUCGCGCUCCAGACAGACGAGACGCUCGAGAAUAUUCUAACACAAGGACGGACGUACGAAAUCACCUCGCGACAGCUGAAAGAAAUGGAGACAUCCGCGACCGACCAGGUGAAUCACUUGAUGCGCAAGGAGAAGCCUUGGAAGCAGAGAUCCGCCCAGACGUCAAAACAGCAACAAACUACAACUGAAGGAAAGUGUUUCAACUGUGCUCAACAACUCAGAGGCUCCAUCGGUGACCGUGACAUUGACUUUAUCGUGGACAGGGGAGCUUCGGUAAACGUCAUCAAACAUGACACGUAUAGCAAGCUCCCAGGCAAACCGACCCUGGGUGGCCCGGUACCAAAAGUGUAUGCAUACGGAUCAAGAACAGAACUUCCUUUAAUGGGCAAGUUUUCUGCUGAACUCUGCUACACGGACACCAAGUUGCGGGAUAUCACACUGGUGACAAGGACGCCAAUGGCGCAGAAGCUACGACCCAUCCCGUUCAACAUACAUGAGCUGAUCACAAAAGAGAUACGGCGACUGGAGGAGCUCGAUGUGAUCGAGAAAGCCUCGGGCCCCACUACAUGGGUCUCCCCCAUCGUCGUUGUGCCAAAGCCACAUGCACUGGACACUGUUCGGAUGCGUGUAGACAUCCGCCGAGCAAACCAAGCCAUUGACAGAGAGCGGCAUGCAUCCCCAACGCUGGAUAAUCUCGUCACAAGCCUCAAUGGCGCAUCUGUGUUCUCGAAACUCGAUCUCAACGACGGAUACCACCAGCUAGUAUUGCACGAGGACUUGAGACACAUCACGACGUUUGCAACCCACAUCGGACUCUACCGAUACAAAGGUUUGAACUUUGGAAUUACUGCUGCUGCAGAGCUGUUCCAGAACACGGUCCGACAAGUGCUCGCUGGCAUCCCAAGAGUCAUUAACAUCAGCGACGACAUCUUAGUCAAGCCGCUCUGUAAGCCAAAGAAAGGCAAGCGAAUCAAAGAGGAUGCAUUUCGGCAACAUGAAUAA